AUGUUGAUGCUGCCAAAGCACUUGAAGAUAGCCCUGGGCUGUGGUCUCGGGCUGAUCUUCUCGGUGCUGUUUGGAUGGGUCAUCUUCCCCACUGUUGUGAAGAGCCAGCUGAGAAAGGAAAUGGCUCUGUCCAAGAAGACGGACGUCCGCAAGAUGUGGGAGGUGAUCCCCUUCGCGCUGGACUUCAAGGUCUACCUGUUCAACUACACCAACGUCGACGACAUACAGAAGGGGGCUAUACCCAUUGUGAAGGAAGUUGGACCAUUUUAUUUCGAGGAAUGGAAGGAGAAGGUGGAGAUAGAGGACCACGAAGACACGGACACUGUGACGUACAAGCGGCGGGACACCUUCCACUUCCGCCCGGACCUGUCCGGCCCCGGACUGACGGGGGACGAGAUGAUUACUAUGCCCCAUCCGUUGCUCUUCGGAAUGGUCAACAAGCUACAUAAAACUAAACCUUCAAUGCUGAACAUGGUAUCCAAAGCCAUUAACGCAAUAUUUGAAAACCCCCCAACCUACUUCCUGACUGUAAAGGCAAUAGAUAUCCUUUUCAAUGGAGUUCUGGUGAACUGUGACAAAACUGAAUUCGCUCCAAAGGCUGUGUGCACGGGACUGAAGAAAGAGGCAGCGGAUAGCUUUAUAAUAAAACCUAAUAAUCAGCUGUGGUUCUCUCUGUUUGCGCCUCGCAACGGAACAAUAAACCCCCACGUGAUAACUGUCCAACGAGGCAUCAGGAACGUGAUGGAUGUUGGCAAAGUGGUGGCCAUCGACGGCAAAGAGGAGCAGGGCCCUUGGACUGGUCAAUGCAAGCUUUUCGAGGGCACUGACGCGACGGUAUUCCCUCCGUUCCUGACUGAGAAUGACCGCCUCGCGUCGUUCUCUGCGGAUCUCUGUCGAACCUUCAAACCCUGGUACCAAAAGAAGACGUACUACCGCGGCAUUGCGACCAACAGAUACAUCGUCAACAUCGGAGACUUCGCCAACGACCCCGACCUUCAGUGCUACUGCUCGCCUCCUGGCUCCUGUCCCUUGAAGGGCCUGAUGGACGUAGAGGAGUGUGUCGGAGUGCCCUUCGCAGUGUCCCUACCCCAUUUCUACGAUGCAGACCCUUCGCUUCAUGAUGGAGUGAAGGGUUUGACUCCUGAUGUGAACGAGCAUGAGAUUUAUAUUGAUUUUGAGCCGAUAAGCGGAACACCAAUGGUGGCAAAGCAAAGGGUACAAUUUAACGUAGUGUUGCUGAAGACAGACAAAAUCGAACAAUGUAAGGAGCUGCCCAACACUCUGGCACCCCUUUUUUGGAUUGAAGAGGGUCUGGCGCUGAACAAGACAUUUGUGAACAUGCUGAAGUAUCAACUCUUCAUACCGAAGCGCGUGGUCGGCAUACUCCGCUGGCUGAUGGUCAGCUUCUGUGUGUUCGGGAUUCUGGGAGGCAUGAUAUACCACUUCAAAGAUAACAUAAUGCGCUUCGCCGACUCUCCCGGCUCUGCCUCCACCACCAAGGUCAACCCGGACGACGGCAUGAUACAGAACCUGGGACCCACUAAGAUAGAGUCGUAAUGCACAAAAUAGCUGCUUAAUGUAAUAUAUUUAGUAGGAAAACUUAAAGAUUAUAAUCAUAUAAAUAGAUUUAGUGCCUGU